CUCCGUAGCAGUGAUUUUGUGAUUAACAGCGAAGCCUACGCUAGUCCGCAUAAUGGAGUUUUUCCGCGCAGUUUUUUGUUUUGUUUGUCUACUCGUUUCUCCAGUGGUUGCUUCGUUCAGCUGCCUCGAAUCAGCCAAAGGUUACUGUGUGGUGGAGAACGUCACCGAACCGUACGACAGCUUUCCGGCCGGUCAAACGGCCAUCUGGAUCCGCAACAGCACCCUGCCAAGCAUCAAUCGCACUCUGUUUGAACGCUUACCCAACGUCGAGAAUCUCAUGAUCCAUCGGUUGCAGAUCGCGCACCUUACGCUCGAUGGUUGCCCGGCGCUCGAUACACUGUUCGCGAGCUACAAUGCCAUCGAACGGAUUGACGUCAUCCCCGAGGGACUCCCGUUACGGCAGUUGCACCUGUACCAGAACCGACUGACCGACAUCGAACCCCUCCAGAAGCUAACCUCCCUCGAGCAACUCUAUUUGCACGAAAAUCGGCUAGAAACACUGCAUUUCUCUGUGUUUGCGCCACUCGAACAGCUCAAGAUUCUCACCCUGCAACGCAAUCGACUGAAACGGAUCUUUACCAGCAUGGUCAACGACGGUGGUCCGCUAGUGAUGCCACGGUUGGAGCAGCUGUUCCUCCAGUUCAAUCUACUACCAUUCCUCGAUACGGGCCUGUGGCGCAUGGAUCGACUGCGGGUGCUCGAUGUGAGCCACAAUCAACUCGGCUAUCUGUUUACGUUUCUCGAGGAGUUACCGGCCCUGCGGUCGCUUGAGUUACAUCACAAUCCCUGGAACUGUGGCUGGCUGUAUGGGAUGGUGGAGCGAAUGAAGGCACGAGCUAUAGCGACUACCGGAGACACGGCCGAUUGCCCACCAGAAGGAGGGGAAGGAGCGGUGAUUCUGGUUGAUGAAAUGUGCUGCCGUGAGAACGCUUCGUCGCCCGAUCCCGUCCUGUUGCUCGUUAGCCGUACCGCAAUCGUAGACGAACUGCAGCACCGGGUGCGUGACGCCAAGAAGCAGAUCGAUGAGCUCGAGGAGACACAACGGAAGCAGCGCCAUCAGUUCCAAGAGCUGGCGGGCAGACUGGCGAGCCUCGAGACGCUCUGCACGACCGGCAAAGUGCCAAAGAAGUAAUAGACACACAGCGUGAAACCGACAAAAAAGAUCUCUAGAACUUUAUUUCCCCACGAUGUUAU